AUGAGAAGGAAAAUUUGCAAAGAAGCUCCAUAUCAAUUCAUAUUCAAUCACCAGAAGCCCUUUUGUGUUACCCAUAAUUUCACUUUAAUUGAAAACGGUACAAUGGCCUAUAAGAAGGACAUUCAAGAGCCCAAUAUUGAAACCAAAGACGAGGUGAAGAAGGGAUCAGAAAACCGAAGGUCAAAAUCAAAUAUUCUGCCAGCAUUGCUGUUGGAAAAGCCACUAUUGAGGAACUAUUACGGUAGCAAAUGCGUAAGGCGUGCGUGGGACGUUUAUUACGAUGAAUACUACAAGUUUUGCAGCACCAAUUCUAAGCCAUGA